AGAUGGAGGUGUGGCCAGGCCUGUACACACACCUCACCUCCCAGCUGAUGGCCCUGGCGCGGGGCAAGGUGGUGCUGGUGCUGGAGGUGUGGCCAGGCCUGUACACACACCUCACCUCCCAGCUGAUGGCCCUGGUGUGGGGCAAGGUGGUGCUGGUGCUGGAGGUGUGGCCAGGCCUGUACACACACCUCACCUCCCAGCUGAUGGCCCUGGCGCGGGGCAAGGUGGCGCUGGUGCUGGAGGUGUGGCCAGGCCUGUACACACACCUCACCUCCCAGCUGGCGCGGGGCAAGGUGGCGCUGGUGCUGGAGGUGUGGCCAGGCCUGUACACACACCUCACCUCCCAGCUGAUGGCCCUGGCGUGGGGCAAGGUGGUGCUGGUGCUGGAGGUGUGGCCAGGCCUGUACACACACCUCACCUCCCAGCUGAUGGCCCUGGCGUGGGGCAAGGUGGUGCUGGUGCUGGAGGUGACCAGUCUGACCUCACCCAAACAUUGUGGCAGGAACUGAGCACCACACAUCCACACACUGGGUGGGAGCUGCCUGCCGUCCAGGCCAAGAGUGCCGCCCACACCCUCAGUGCCUUGCUGGGCCACCACUGCCCCCCUGCUGGACCCCCCUGCAGCCAUCACCAAGCCUUCAGGAGACACUGCUGAGCCUGGUGUAUGUCCAGCGGGCACACUGGCGCUGCUUCCAGUACCAGGGUCCUUAUGCCAGCAGGAGGUGCGGGGCGAGGCUGACCCCAGCACCUUCACCCCGAGCCUCUCCUUCCAAGGCCUGGUGGGUGUCUGGCCCUUACGCCUCCAGACCAGAGACGCCAUGCAGCUCCUGACACCACAGACACAGCAGCUCAGGGAGAGGAUUGGUGAGAAACUGCUGCAGCUGAGGAGGGAAGAGGCCGUGGUGCUGAGUGAGUCUCCGAGGCUGUGUCUGGUGUGUGACGAGCAGGUGGAGCAACACGCAGCCUUACGGAAGGAGUGGCAUGGGUGAUGCAGAGGCUCUCACUCAGGUGGUGCUGCCCGUGGCCUACCAGUUCAACCCACAGCUGGUCCUGGUCACUGCCAGCCUUGAUGCUGGUGCGGGGACCCACUUGGAGGUUGCCGCGUGAGUCCCGAUUGCUUUGAACAUAUGAUGGCCCUUCUGUCUGGCCUGGCCAAGGGCCGCAUGGUUCUGGCACUGGAGGGCGGCUUCAGCCUCAACACCAUCAGCUACUGCAUGACGCUGUGUGCCAAGGCCUUGCUGGGGGAUCCGCUGCCCCCCCUUGAGCCAUUCACUUAAGCCCUGUUGGAGCAGCCCGUUUCGGGAGGCUGCUCUGUGACCAAGUGGCUCUUCGAAAGCCAAAAAACGCGGAGGCGAGAACACCAGCAGCUCCACCGUAAGGGUGCACUCAACCCGAAAAACUCCCGACUCGAAGCACAUUAAAGCUUGCUAUGUAAACGCUCGUAGCCUACGUAACAAAUUUGAAGACUUAGAAGUCCUCGCAGCUACAAAUCAUUAUCACAUCAUCGGAGUCACAGAAUCUUGGAUAGACACUUCAAAUAGAGAUUUCAUUGCGGAAUAUAGAUUACCGGGUUAUACCAUUUUUAGUCAUGAAAGAGAGAACAGACAGGGUGGAGGCGUUAUCUUUUAUAUCCACAACUCUCUCCAUCCAGUAUCCGUGAAAACAGAUAUUAUAACCAAUGUAGACACGGUCUUCAUUGAAAUUAAAAAUAAAUCUCGUAAAAUAGUAAUUGGACUUAUCUACAGACCGCCAAGGCAGACUCUUGAUAUCGACCACGCAUUAAGUGAAUUAUUAUUAGAAACAAGUAGCAGUUGCGAGGCAGUAAUUGUUGGGGACUUUAACUUGCCAGUGAAAAGAUGGGGUGAACCGUUGAACUGUCAUACAGGGCUCGACCUGUACACAAAUUUACUAGAAAGUGAUUUACAUCAACACGUUCAAGAACCGACUCGGGAAAAUAAUAUACUUGACCUUAUCUUUUCAACGACAGCUGAUCUAGUUAACGAAGUAAAUGUUGGUCCAAUUUUUAGUUCUAGCGAUCACCGAACAAUCACAUUCAGCAUCAAUAUGAAAGAAAGUAAAGUAACUCCUAGUAAAGAAAAGGUGCCUGAUUAUCAGAGAGCGAAUUUUGCAAGACUCCGAUCAAUUCUAAAUAAUUCUGACUGGACUGAAAUCACGGCGGAAACAGAUAUUGAUAAAUCUU